AUGGGUCCGGCGACAACCAACGUGAAACCCAAGUUCUCCCACGUCCAUCCCCACCACCAUCUGAUUCACAACACCCACGACAAGUCCAAUUACAUCUGCGCCGCCUGCAACACCUCCGGCUUCGGCGACCGGUUCCGCUGCCUUGUCUGCGUCGCCGACAUCCACGUGUACUGCGCCGAUUGCCCCCCACACCUCUCCUCCUCCCUCCACCACCACCCACUCCAUCUCGAUCUCAAUCCCAACCACCACCGUCCGAUCUGUGACAUCUGUCGCGAAUCCAUCGCCGGCAUCUCCUACGUGUGCAAUCUCUGCGACUUCCACGUCCACCCACUCUGCACCCAGCUCCCCAACGACCUCCGCCACGUCAUAGACAACGCCCACAAACUCACCCUCAAGAAAGUCCCCUUUGGAAGCUGCGGCGUUUGCAACACUGAUUGCUCCUCUCUCUGGGUCUACGGCUGCGAUAUUUGUAGACUCAAUGUCCACCUCAGCUGCCUACGUAAGCCCUACGCUCCGCCGGGGAGUGGCAGCAGGACACGUGGGGUGCCACAUGGACCGCCUCCUUUUGCUGGCUAUGGUUAUGGAGGGCAUUAUAAUAAUUAUGGGCUCCAUUGGCCUUCGCCUUGGGGGUUUUAUCCAAAUUACAAUUUUGUGUAUCCGCCUCCCGGACCUGAUAAUCCAUUUCCUACACACAAUGAUAUUCCGAGUCCUUCGCCGGAUAAUGGAGGCGGUGGACAUGACCCGCCGCCGUCGGCGUCCAGGUGGGGAUCACUGCUUGGGAGUACGAUGUUUUCUCUGAUUGGAAGUAUAGCUUCGGGUGCUAUCAAUGGCUUUCUUUUCGGUUCCACUGGUUUUUGA